AUGGCGAUUUUCCAGUGCUUCUCUUCAGUCCACCGUCCGGGACCGCAGAUGCCUUCCCAAAGUGAAGCCGCUUCCGACACGGCGGCAACGCAGUGGCUGCGCUUAGGCCUUCUGCGCCCAGGUGCCAUGCUGCAUGCUGUUGAGCUAUCCUUCCAGGAACUUGUGGAGCACCAGGCAGGAAGACGCCCGACCUGCGGUCCCAUUUUGGAACGGACAGCUGCGGUACUAGUCAACCGGAUUCAGGUUCAAGUGGCCUCUUAG